CACACACACACACACACACACACACACACACACACACAGCUCUGUUUGCUUUGGAGGAUAAGCCCAGGAGGCCCUGUCAGGAGAAGAGUACACCUUCCAGGGAGCUGUUAACUUUUCCCGCCCCCCUCUCUCUCUCUCCUCCUUCUCCCCUUCUGCCAUCCCAAAUGUACCCUCCUCCCUCUGGCUGCCCAACCCAGCCUACCUGCUCCAGUCAGGACUCGCAGAGCCCAGUGGGAGACACACACACCGAGAAGCUGGAAUACUCUACUGUUUACCACGGACCUGGCACGAACAGAAUCUAAGAGAGACAGAUAGACCGAGAGUCCCAGACACGCAGCCUUCCACUGACUUCCAGCAGGAUGUCUAAAGCUUCACGGCUGGCUCGACCAUCCUCCGCCGGGGCGGGCUCCAAGCUGUCAUCCUCCCGUAAGGAAGCUCCUGGUGGGGCCCGAGCCCGGGUGGUGAGUGUAGGGGAGAAGCUGAUGAGGGCCGGCAGCGACAGGACCCUGACCAAGCAGAGGGCCCUGGCUGCAGCCGCCCCACCUGCACUGCAACAGGCGGACAAACAGCAGCCCCAGAUGCAGUGUCAGACUCAGACCCAGUUCCAAAGCCAGGCACAGACUAUGGACAUGGUGGCCCAACCCAAGAGCAGAAUCAGCCCACCUAAAGCCUCAGCUCUUCCACAGGGCUCUAUGCACAAGCAAACCAAAAGCAACCUAAAGGUGACCUCCCCGGAGGACUCCGAGCACCUGAGCAGGAGGCAGGGCCCCCCGGAUGGGACCCGGGCCCAGGACCCCAAAGGUAACAGCAGCCGCAACGUCCCCCGCAGGCACACAUUAGGGGGGGCACGCAGCUCCCGAGAGAUCCUGGCCAUGCAGCCCUCGGACAUGGACAAAAAGAGGGAGGCCUUCCUGGAGCACCUGAAGCAGAAGUACCCUCACCACGCCUCAGCCAUCAUGGGCCACCAGGAGAGGCUCCGGGAACAGGUUAGUGACGAACAGAGCAGAAGCCCUCAACACGGCCUUAGCAGCUCCAGUGUAGGGGACCAGGCUGAGCACCUCUCCCUGGCCUCCCUGGAGUCUCUGGACACCAUGUCAGAGGCUGAUGCCCCCACCACCUUCACCAGAGGCAGCCGCUCCCGCGCCAGCCUGCCCGUAGUGCGCUCCACCAACCAGACCAGGGACCGCUCGCUGGGCGUGCUGUACCUGCAGUACGGAGAGGAGACCAAGCAGAUCCGGAUGCCCAAUGAGAUCACCAGUGGCGACACCAUCAGGGCUCUGUUUGUGAGUGCCUUCCCCCAGCAGCUCACCAUGAAGAUGCUGGAGUCUCCGAGUGUGGCCGUCUAUGUCAAAGAUGACAUGAGGAACAUGUACUACGAGCUUACUGACGUCAGGAAUAUCACGGAUCACUCCUGCCUGAAGGUGUACCACAAGGACCCCGCACAAGCCUUCAGUCACGGCCCAAGACCCACCAACGGCGAUGCCAGGAUGCAGAGAGAGGUGAUGUAUGGCAGCAGAGAUGGCCAGCACCCCCCAAUGCGACAGCUCUCCAUGGGCCCCCCUCCACACCACCCCAUGCAGGGCUCCCUGUCCCCACCCACGGCCCACUCCCUGCCCCCCUCGCCCUCCCGGAUCCCCUUCGGCCCGCGCCCGGGGUCCAUGCCAGGCACUGCCACCAUGCCACGGGAGCGCAUCUCCAACGCCACCCCUCCCGCACGAUCCGUGUCCCCCUGCCCCAGCGCCAUCCUGGAGAGGCGGGACGUCAAGCCCGACGAGGACCUGAGUGCUAUGAGUCCCAGCCUAUUGAGGGGUGGAGAGGGGCUGUACGCCGACCCAUACUUGCUCCUCAACGAGGGGAGGAUGGGCCACGGCCUUGCCCAUGGAGGGCACCCUCCUGCUGGGGACAUUGUGGACCAUGGCAGCCUGGCUGGAUACCACCGUGUCUCCAUCCGCUCCACAGGCUCCUACAGCGGGCCCAGCCCCACCGAGGCCAUGGAACAACCGUCACUCUACCGCCAGAAGUCCAGGAAGUACGGAGACAGCCAGCUGCCUACGCUGGGCUCCAAGACCCCACCCCCCUCACCCCACAGGAUGGCAGAGGUGAGGAUGAUUGACAUCCACGGGGCGCCACCCCCUCCCAGCGGCAUUCCCCAAGAGCGCUCCUCGCCCAUUCGCCAGUCCCUCAGGAAGGAGGAAGUGGUGAAAAGCAGAAGCAGCAUGGCGUCUCCAGUUGUCCCGGACCUCCAGGGUGGUCACGGCCCUAUCCCGCCAGCCAACGACCCCCAGACACGAGAGCGAAUGAAGGCUAUGGAGCAACAGAUUGCCAGCUUGACUGGUCUUGUUCAGCAUGCACUUUUAAAGUCCCCAAACACUAGUGGCACCAACGAGGCUCUCAGCGAACGACCCAUGAAGACAUCAAGACAAGCGUCUCUGGGUCAGAGUGCACACAGUGCAGGAGGUUCCCCUAUCCUAGCACCCAAAAGUGCCGCACUCCCCUCUGAGAGUGGCUCCACCCCUGCACUACCAGGCUCUGCCCCCUUUCAGGCCAACCUGUUCCAGUUCAAGAAGAAUGUCUCGGACCUUCGGCUGCAGCUCCAUCAGAUGAGACAGCUGCAGCUCCAGAACCAGGAGGCUCUAUGUGUGCAGCUGAAGCGGGCUGAGCAGGAGAUCAGCGUGAAGCUGGUGGAGGCAAUGAAACGUCUGGAAGACCCAGUCCAGAGACAGAGAGCCCUGGUGGAAGAGGACAGACACAAGUACCUGGGCUUGGAGGAGAGGGUAUUCAACCAGCUAGGGGAACUGGAGCAAUAUGUGGACACUCUGAAGAGGGAGACCAGCUCGGCGGGGGCUCACAGAGCUGUGACACUGAAGCAUGUGGAAGAGGGGGCUGUUAGCCUCAGGAGAGUGGGAGAAUCUCUGGCAGGACUCAGAGGGGAGUUCCCGCCGCUGCAGACUAGGAUGCGAUCGGUGCUGAGGGUGGAGGUGGAGGCAGUUAAGUUCCUCAAAGAGGAGCCCCACAAACUGGACAGCAUGCUGAAGAGAGUCAAGAGCCUCACGGAGACACUCAGCGGCCUGAGGAGAUGUGCUACAACCCCUAUAGACAGCAGCCCAGCCACCACCACCAUGGUGGACCCCGACCCCCCAGCGGAACCUCCAGCCUCCCCCUCGGCCCUACCCGAGGCCCAGAGCUCCUCCAUCAGGUCUGAGGUGGUCAUGCCCUCCUGCCCCAUGGUCAUCCACCACGUCCAGAGCUCUCCGGUCCACAUUCAGCAGUCCCAGCAGUCUGCAGCCCUGCUGGUCCAGCCCAGUCCCCCCAUAACCCCCACCCACAGCCAGGGCCGGGACUCCCCCAGCUCAGCCAAGGGCUCCACAGGCACCGCCUCGUCCUCCAACUCCAACCCCUCCAGCCAGGGGGGAAGCCCUGCCCAGCAGAAGAAGACCCCUGCUACCACUGCUGCUGCCAACCAAGAGCUGCCCACCCAGGCUCCGGUCAAUAACGGCAGCAAUGGUACAGGGAACUUCUUCAUCGAGGAGAUUCACACCAAGAGCAGCAAGAGCAAAAACAGGGCCAUGUCUAUAAAGGCAGCAGAGAAGGAGUGGGAGGAGCGGAGGCAGAACAUGGGCCACUAUGAUGGGAGGGAGUUUGAGAGGAUCCUGGAUGAGGCCCAGGCCAACAUGAUGAAGGGCAUCCCCUGUCUGGAGGUGCCGAGCGAGGGGGAGGCCUCUACAGUGACCCCUGCUGCCCUGGAGGACCAAGUGGAUUCCCCCAAGCCUGUGGCGCCAACCACAGAAGAGACUCCGCCUGAGCCCAGCUCAGAGAAACCAGCCAUAGCCAAGCCUGCGUGUCCUGAGAAACUCCCCAAGCCGGUACUAGAGAAGCACACCACCAAGCCCACCACCCCUUCAGACAAAGUGGGCAAAGUCAUCUUGGAGGCCAGCAAGUCGCCUCCCCCUCCUCCACCCAGAAAAACCUUCUCCAGCUCUGGAAUGACCACCACUAGGUCUGGAGAGGUGGUCUACACCAGCAGGAAUGAGUCUGCCUCGGGACAGGAGGAAGAGGAGGCUGAGGUCCCAGCUGCCCAGCGCAAACCCACCAAGAUCCCCCCAGAGACCACGCCCUCCACCCCUGCCCCCGUUGCUGCCUCAGCCAUCCACGAGGAGGAGGAGGAGGACGACGAGGGGGACAAAAUCAUGGCAGAGCUCCAGGUGUUCCAGAAGUUCACAGUUAAGGAUGUAGGGGUGAAAAGUAGUGUGCUAGAGACACACCCUACUCGAGUUGAGCCCCAGAUCAGAGAGCUAAGACCCGGGGCCUUAUUGCCCCUCAAAGAGAAAAAGAGCUCUGAGAACACUCGUGAGGACAAAGAUCCCAACGUGGAUGAAAACGGGAACACCACCCCUCUUCGUCAGAGCCCUGGGGUCAUAUACUACGUAACUGGGCAGAUCUCCAAAGAGCAGCCACCACCCCUGGCCCCAGUGGAGGAGGCUCCUGAAUGCAGAGACAACCCAACACUGUCCCCCUCACAGGUGUCAAAUGUGAAUGCUAAUGACAAUUCUCCAAGCCAGCAGCCACAGCAGCCGCAACCGAAACCCCAGCAGUUAGUGCCACCUAUAUCUCCCAAGCCUCUGUUCUUGAAUUUCCUCAGCCCUCUGUCUCAGAAACAGGUGGUGAGAUCAGAGUCGUUGAAGACCAGCCCAGGAGUGGUAGAAGGGGUUCUGGAAAGCCCAAGGGCCAACACUGUAGAUAAGCCUCAGAUAAGCACAGUCAAGAGACUUGAGACUCCAGUCUCCUCAGUCGUCCAGGAGUCCAGCAUUUCACUUAGUAAGAGUGUUGUGUUGCCCGCUGCAUUGCCUAAAGUCUCUCCACCAAUCACCAUAACAGAGGCUCUUAAGGCAGUGGUGUCUCCCACAGAGAAGGCCCUUAGUGAGGCCACCAAUCAACCCAGAGAUCAGCCCAGACCCAAGUAUGAGGAAGUGGAAGAGGAGGCCUUCCUGAGCCCUGACCUCCCUGGUGAGGAAGGCCCUCCGCCCCCAGACAACAUCGCCUUCAUGAUCACCAACACCAAGGUCCAGGCCCUGUCCUGUGGGGAAUACCAGGAGCUGGUCAAUGCCAAACGGGGCAUCCAGACUGUGACUGUGGGGGGGGGACCUGGGAACCGGGACAUGACCCACACCACCCCGGGCGGCGACGGCGGCAGCUCGGUGGGGUCGCAGCACGACAGCUUCAACAACAAGAAGCCGGUCAUCAUCAUCUUUGACGAGCCCAUGGACAUCCGCUCGGCCUACAAGCGCCUGUCCACGGUGUUUGAGUGUGAGGAGGAGCUGGAGAGCAUGCUGGCCGCGGAGCGCAUAGACGAGGAGGACGAGGAGUUGGAGGAGACAUGGGGGAGCAGCGGCGGACUGCAGAACGCAACCAGUGUCGCUUCCCCAACUAGUCGGAUGCCAGUGCCCAUGUCUGCGAAGUCCAGGCAGUCGCCAGGGACUACUACUGACAAAGCAGGAAAACAGCAAAAGCUACAGGACAGCGCUCAGAGGCAGUUCCGACAGGCUAACGGAAGCGCUAAAAGAGCAGGGGAGGGUCAUAAAACUACUUCCCCUACUAUACCUGCCUCUAAAAUUCCUGCUUUUUAUCCUAGCUCUGCUAAAGGCAGCUCCUCCCAGUCUGCUCCAAACUCAGAUGCUACUAACCCUAUUAACCUUUUCCCCUCUUCCAACUCCUCCUCUUCCUCCCCCCACACCACCAAGUCCUCCAUCCCGUCCCCUUACGCCCCCCGCCACCCUGGCUCAGCCCUCCCUACCUCCUCCCCCUCCCUCUCUAACGGUUCCUCCCACAAACUCCCCAAGCCCUCUCACACAGGUAAAGCUCUCUCGUUCUCCUCGCAGAGUCAAAACGGCCGAGCACCCUCCUCUUCCUUCUCCUCCUCCUCCCCCUCCCCUCUGUCGCCCACCCCGUUGGGCCCGGGUGUGAAGAGCAUCCGCACCAUACACACCCCCAGCUUCACCAGCUACAGGCCCCAGAAUGGCAGCAGCGGCAAAUCCUGCAUCCCAACCGCCACAGCAGCCAAGGACUCCACUUAGUACAGUAGCCCCGUUUGGGUUACUUCUCUCUCUCUCUCUCUCUCUCUCUCUCUCUCUCUCUCUCUCUCUCUCCUCUCUCCUCUCUCCUCUCUCCUCUCUCCUCUCUCCUCUCUUCUCUCUCCUCUCUCCUCUCUCCCCCCCUCUUAGGAGCUAGAUUUAUUCUGUUGUUUAUUGGUUUGUAUUUUGUUGUAAAAAGGGUAAUGGAUGCACUUCCCCAACCAUUCAUAUUUCAAUUUGAUUUGUCACUGGCAUUCUCACACUGAUGCUUUGACUUUGUUUUAAGUUGCAUUUUCCUUUGGCUGAUGCUUUGAACUUCAAUCCUGGAUUUUAAAAAGGUGUACUGAGGAAAUGAUUUUAAAGAUGAAAAAAAUAAGAUUUUUCUGACUAAGAAAAUACAGUUGAUGUACAAUCACUAUUACCGUGUAAAAAAAUGAGUUUUAUUUUUGAAAACCAGAGACUGGAUAACCAUAGUAUAUCUUCAUCUUACACUAUUUCUUGUGUUCUCAUUCAGCAUAGCCCUUGUAAAUGCCUUUUAUGAAUGUAUACUGUAAGUAUACAGACGUUUAAAGUGGAAUUGCGUUGACUUGACUUCUAUUUUGCUAAGAAUAUUUUCUCAUAUAGUUAUCCAUGCACUGCCAAUGUAUUUUUAGGAGAUUUAUGAGGUAUGACAGUUAUUUCUGUAGUUAUUGUGCCUACUUGCCAAAGUUGUGUCAUUUCCUGACUGUAUUACUGUAAUCAUGACAUACCAAGUGGAAAUACACAUACACUCAAGGUGUGAUGGCUGAAGUCUUUAACUUCAAUAGCUUGACUGGAGUUCUAUGUUUCCUAAGUUAAUGUUUAUCGAUGUCUAAAGGUAUACAGUACUAAAAACAAAAGAAAUUCACAAACUGUUCUAGCAAAGUGUACAUAAAUGCUUCUAUUAAGAACUUUAGUAGUUUUGUUAACAUACCAAAGUUUCUUUGUAUGCAUGCCUUUAAGAUACUUUAGGAGAGGGAUUCGUGUUAAAAGAAGAAUUAUGUUUGCACAGAUAGAUUUUGUAAAUAUUUGGUUUGCUCUCAUUUUUGUAAAGCUUUAAACCAUACUACAUAAAAUGCAAUGUGGUAAAGAAUUGUGUCGGAAUAAAAACAAUAAAGGUCUGCAUGCUUGUAAUGCA